CGCUCAUAGAUCGCUGUACAAUUGUUGAAUUUGAGCACUACAGUACUCCCUAGGCUCCUUCACUGCUUACAUCUAGUUCCGAUUAAACAUACAAUAGAAGUUUCUAAAGACUUGUGACAUUUGACAUGAUGGAGCUGUUGUAUCCACGAAAGUCAUUGUAAUAAAGACAUCUUGAACACUCUUUGCCUAGUUGCAAAGACUAUAAAUAGCGUACAGCGGUGUCGUUUUAUGUAAGGUUAAUUGAGUUCAUUUUUAAGAAUGGCCGGUCUUUACUAAUGCCGUCCAAAAUGCAUCUGACUUUGUUACCCGCUAUGUAUGUAUGUCCUUGGAAAAAAGUUUGACUAACAUUUCUACAAGAAGAGGCAGAUUGAGGAGGUCGACAGUGGAAUGGAAUCCUUAACAGCAAGUAGUAAAGACCUUACGCCAGAGAAGAUCCGAAGCGGUUCUGACGAUGAAGAUGAUUUGUCGGAUGAGGAUCUUGAUGAAACUUUGGCUGAACGAUUGAUGGGCCUAGGUGAAAUGUUUCCCGAGAGUGUUCGUAAUAUUACAUACUCUCUGGUCACUGGGACCUAUCAGGGAAUAAAAGGUCUUUACAGCUUUGGGCGAGUUGCAACAUGGCUGUUCUUCAGUUCCUCAGUAAUCCUGUUUGCUCCUGUCAUUUUUGAAGUUGAAAGAGCUCAAAUGCAAGAAAUGCAGCGUAGCCAACAAAAGCAGGUAUUACUUGGGCCAAACUCGGCUGUAUCAGGAACCAUGGGUUUAUUGCCACCAGUGCCACGAUAAUGAUAACCUAAUUGAACACUUCUGGGAAAGACAUCAGUAACGAGGCAGUACAAUGAGCCACUGUGUCAACAAGACAGAAGUUGUUAAAUUUCUGUAGUAUCCCAAGUUGUACAUUUGCUUGAUGUAUAGUUUUUUACAUUACCGUGUUAAAAUUUUUUAUGUGUAACAACACGCACUGUCUCAUACUGAGAACUUUUGUAAAUUUAUUUCUUGGUAUGUUUGAUUGCGUGAUACCUGAAUUUGUUUUAUCAGUAUGUUAAUUUUUUUCUAAGAGCGUUACUCCUCAAUUUAUAAAGUGUUAGAACACUACAGACACAUGACUAUAUGGUCGAAUUUGUAGCAUAGCCAGUAAAAUUAAAAUAGUUGUAUUGAAACAUCUACAUUGGUUCUUGGCAUAUCGCAUCCAAGGUAGUUAAUGAAAUUGGUUGCCAGCGUUAUGGCAAAGGCAAUUUCCCAAUCAGCAUUUUACCUCAUUUGGUAAUCCAAUUGCAGAAUAAAGUAAUUGCAGAGUGACUGAUCACACUGUAUGUUACUAAUAUAUAACCAAUCUAAAAUCAGCUUAAAAAAGUAAGUGUUUGGUGUAUCCAUGUAACAUUUUGUGUUAUUGUAUGCAUGUGAGUGUGUGUGUGUGCGCCAUAUCACGAACUUUGAUGUCAGUAUGUCAGAUAAAUAUAAUUUACAAAAAACUGGAGUGUUCUGGAAUUAACAGAAUGUUUUCAGAAACAACAUAAAAUAUUGUGUAACUUAAAAUCCCCACCAUGUAGAGAAAAUGUUAUUUCCUUAUCAAUAUUAUGUAAAUGAUAUAUUAGAUUACAUAAACAGAUGUCAUUAAACAUUCUGUUCACUUUGUACAAGUUAAUAAAACUGUUUCCAGUGUUGGAGUACAAUGGCCUAAAGUAA